GGACGAAGGCAAAAAAAGAAGAAAAUCCCACUUUCGACUGGUGAAGAACUUGAAAUUGAUUUGGCAAAUAUGGAUCCUGACUCUCCUGUUCUUUGGAUCAGGAUUGAUCCUGAUUUACUUUUGCUACGAAAAGUUAGCAUUCAACAACCGGUUUAUCAGUGGGAAUAUAUGUUGAAAUAUGAACGAGACGUCUUGGCACAGCUUCAAGCACUUGAUAUUUUACAGCGUUUUCCAAGUCCACAUGCCAGAGCAAUCCUUAUUGAAACUAUUGAAACCGAAGCUUUCUUUUAUCGAGUGCGAUGCAGAGCCGCAUAUAUUUUAGCAGAAGUUGUGAAUAAAUUACCGGAAACAUGGUUGGGCCCACCGGCUCUGAUGAUUUUGUUCAAGAAAUUUUUUGGCUGUAAAUCUGCGCCACAUAUUCCAAAACCAAACAAUUUUGUGGCCACUUCUGUAAAUCUUCAGCAAUAUUUCUUGAUGCAUGCAAUACCUCAAGCUUUAGCACGACUACGUUCUCCUUCAAAUAGUGCCCUUUCAGAAGUUCAUCACUUUCUUAUUGGUUUAGUCAAAUAUAAUGAUAAUACUGUUAACAGGUACUCGGACGACCAUUAUCGGGCAUCACUUAUAAAUUCAUUAGCUGCUACAUUGGUACCAGCUGAGAGUAGGGAUAUUACAAAUAUGAGCCCUCUUUCUUUGAGUACCAAUAUGAAAGAAUUGUUGUCUGAGUUCACACUUGCCUUAAAUAUGGAUACACUGAAACCUAGUUUUGGUCGUGUUAUUGGAAUUGCUGCACUUCAAGCUAUAUAUCACAUGCAGCGAACAUUUCACAUACCGCUUGAUCCCAAAAUAUUUUGGUCUUUUGCGCAGCCGAAUAUUUAUGUACCGAUGCGUCUUGCAGCGCUAACAUUUCUGGUUGAUAUGGUUUAUCGACACAAAUCACCUUUCGUUAGCGAAGUUAUCUACAGAUUAAUUGAUUUAUGCAUCAGUGAUAAUGAGCCGGUUGUACGCUACUAUGUUGCAUCUCAGUUGUCACUUAAACCACCACUUUGCAUUAUUUUAGGUGCUGAAGACGACGCAACAUGGAAGUCAUUAUCGCGUGAUAUAGCUAUCAAAUUAUGGGCUCAGAUCAGUGAUACUAGAACGGAACCACGUUUACGUGGUCAUUAUAUUGACCUUUGGUUCGCUGUUUAUGGCAGUAAUGUACCGAUGCUAUUGAAACCAGCUGAUCAGAUCAUUGAGGAGAGACCAGCACCACGUAAUAUUCAUAUCACAAGCGUCAAAAAUGGCACGGAUGAUCUAUUAAAUUCGUGGUCGUGGCAUGGAACUGUAAUUGAUAUAGAUGAACCCGACUCACCGACUGAAAAGUUGGCAAAUGAAAUGAAUGAUGACACUCUUCAAUAA